GAUGUUGAAAUAUCAGAUCAGUCCGAUCAGCUGUGGUGUACAAUCAUUAACUAAUAUCCAAUGAGGGGGCGUGUCGGCUGCUGAAAGACUUCCGUGUCGGCUGCUCUCGUGUGUCCUCGCUCAUCGCUCCUCAGAGAUCGCUCCUCGCUCCUCCCAUGGGUGUAUUAAAUGAAAGGUCCUAAGAGCAGAAAUAAAAGAUUUGGGAGGGUCUUCAAGAAGGUGUUUCAGAACAACGUCCGGUCUAAGAGAAUAUCUAGGAGUGAGGACCUAUCAAAUAAGAGACUUGGGACGAUCCUUGUUCUAUAGCCCCACCCAGAGAGGUGAAAGGAGGUUACAUCUUUGCAGACACUUCAAACAGGUUGAAACCGCAGGUAGAAACUAGAAACGCUAUUUGUGACAACCAGGGAUUUAUCUCUUCAUUUAACUUUGGAAACAGCCGUUCAGUGAAAAGGUUUUCUAGAAGAAGUCAGAUCCAGGUGACAGCAGAAUCAUGUUGGAAGAUCUUUUCCAGUUUUCCAUUUCAGUCUACUUGUCGGUGGCCAUUAUGGGCCUGCUGUUCCUCCACCUUUGUUACUCCAGCUUCAGCUCCCAGGACAAGAAGUUGGAGCCUCCAGGGCCUACACCUCUUCCCCUGCUUGGUAACCUUCUUCAGGUGGAUCUCAAAAGACUCGACCGCUCUCUUGUUGAUCUGUCUAAAAAAUAUGGACCAGUGUUUAGAGUCUACUUUGGAAUGAAGAAGGUGGUGGUCCUGGCAGGAUACAAGACAGUCAGACAGGCUCUGGUCAACCAUGCUGAGGAAUUUGGUGAUCGAGAGGUCACUCCAAUAUUCUAUGAUUUCCACAAAGGAAACGGUAUAUUAUUUUCCAAUGGCGACUCUUGGAAAGAAAUGAGGCGUUUCGCUCUAAGUACACUGAGAGAUUUUGGGAUGGGCAGAUGGAUAAGUGAAGAUAAAAUCAUAGAGGAAUGUGGCUACCUGAGUGAAGAAUUUGAACAACGGGAAGGUAAAGCCUUCGACAACACCCAGACAAUUCAUUAUGCAGCUUCAAAUAUUAUAUCAGCUCUCAUGUUUGGAAAGAGGUUUGACUACAAGGAUCCUGACUUCAAAGCUAUGGUGGAAAGAGACCACGAGUCCAUCCGUCUGACCGGAACAGCAUCCAUCAUGAUAUACAACACGUUUCCUUGGCUGGGCCCUUAUCUUAAAAACUGGAGGGAUUUGAUGAAACACACGGAGGCCAACAGGCAAGAAACAAGGAACAUAAUAGCGGACCUGAAGGAGACUUUGAACCCUGAGAUGUGCAGAUGCUUUGUUGAUGCAUUCCUAACCCAUAAACUAAACCUGGAGGAGUCUGAAAUAAAAGAUUCACACUAUCAUUAUGACAACCUGGUCUCCAGCGUGAAAAAUCUGUUUGGAGCUGGGACUGAUACUACAGGAAAUACACUUCAGUGGGGUCUACUUUUCAUGGCCAAGUACCCUCAUUUUCAAGAACAGGUCCAAGAGGAGCUGAGCAGGGUGGUUGGAAGCCGUCAGGUCCGAGUAGAUGACCGUAAGAACCUGCCGUACACUGAUGCUGUCAUCCACGAGACACAGAGACUGGCCAACAUUGUCCCCUUGGCCAUUCCUCACAAAACCAGCCAAGACGUCACAUUCCAGGGUUACUUUAUAAAAAAGGGGACUACUGUGUUUCCUCUUCUUACUUCUGUCCUGCAUGAUGAGAGUGAAUGGGAAACCCCAUACGCUUUCGACCCUUCCCACUUCCUGGAUAAGGAGGGUAAAUUUAUGAGGAGAGAAGCCUUCAUCCCUUUUUCUGCAGGUCGCAGGAUGUGUCCCGGAGAGAGUCUGGCCAGAAUGGAGCUUUUCCUCUUCUUCACCUCCCUCCUCCAGCGCUUUCGUUUCACUCCUCCACCUGGAGUUACAGAGGAUGAACUGGAUCUGACAGCAGUUGUGGGCUUCACCCUCAGUCCUUCACCUCAUGAGCUGUGUGCUGUUAGACGCCAAUGAGGAAGAGAG